AUGUCGACGACUACAACCACCGCUCUCACAGCCACGACCCUCGUCGGAAUGCUCCCUACCAUCACCAGCGCUAUGCCCAUCCUCGCCGGCAAGAGCUGCCCAACAUGCGGCCACGAGGGGUUCCUGUCGCAGGAUCAGAUCGCGGAGAAAGCCCGGAGGAGGAUCAAGGAGCUGGAAGGCCAGGUUGAGCUCCUAAACGCUCACGCUACACAGACCGCCGUCAAACUAGCCGAGUACGAAAAUGAAGCCCGCCGUCUGCGAUCACAAAUCCACACACAUACACCCCGGAACGCCUCGGCGUCGUCGACAUCGACCGCCCCGUCCCACGAGACAGACCAGUCUCUGUCACCCACGCAGUCGCGGUCUCCGCCGCAGCAACCACCGCAGCAAGGCCGACUCUCGACUUUGACGUCGCUCCUCCCCUAUCGCCGACCUAGCACCGCGUCUUCGACGCAGACUGCAGCCCAGCCGGUCCCGUCGAACCCUACUAUCCCCGACGAAACGACCACCGAGCUCCAGAAUGCGCUUCAGCGAGAACAGAAUCUGCGCCGGGCGGCGGAGAGCCAGCUGUCGCAGGCGAGCACGGAGCUGGAGGAGCUGACGGCGCAGCUGUUCAGCCAGGCGAAUGAGAUGGUUGCGCAGGAGCGCAAGGCGCGGGCGAAGCUGGAGGAGCGAGUGGCUGUCCUCGAACACCGGGACGUGGAGAAGAGGAAGCGGCUCGAACGAUUAGAGAAGGCGAUGGAGAGGGUGGAACGACUGCGAGCGCUGGUUGGGUAG